GUCCCAGAAUAGCACUUCUCUCCCUUCCCUUCCCUCAGUGCCUGCGAAGCUCCAGUUUUUUUUCCCUUUUCCCCCAAAUUCUGCUGGACCAUGAAGGCUGGCGUCGCCUCGCUGACCGCAGGCAUCCUGGGCAGCACGGCCGUGCUGCUCUUCCUGCUCGCCUUCGGGACGGACUACUGGCUGCUGGCCGCAGACACGUGUGGGGUCAUUGAGGACAGGAACAGCACACGCCAGCCCGGAGAGGCAGACACUCUGGCACAGGCUGGGACACAGAUACUCACUUUCCAUCAUGAGGGCUUCUUCUGGCGGUGCUGGUUCUUCGGCGAGGGCCAAUCCGCGACCAUCUGGACCUUCUGGUACACCAGCCAAGCGCACCCCAAGCACUGCAUGCACGGCUACCUGUUCCCCAUGCCCAUCGUCCUGGGGCCUUUCCCACAUCCCUCCUAUGACACGACUGCAGUGUACAGAGGCUUCUGGACGGCGUUCAUCAUACUGGCCGUGACCGCUGGCCUGGUGGGAGGACUGCUGCUGGUGUGUGGUGUGCCCUUUGUCAGCGCCAGGUCCUACAAAGUGGGCGGCGGGUUCCUGAUAGCCUCGGGAAGUUUAUUUCUCCUGCUCAUUUUCCUCUUUGUGCUGUGGAAGGAGUUUGUGGCUGAUUUCCAAAAGUAUAUCCUCAUGGAGAGGAGCGAGGUGUGCCUGCAGGAGGCUCCCGUACAUGUGUUCUGUGGCUGGUCCUUCUUCCUUGCUGCUGCUGGCGUGCCCCUGUCACUGCUCUCUGGGCUCCUCUUCUUCCUGAUCGGCAGAGAAAAGACAGAGUCCCUUGAGUAAGAAAAGGUGCUGAGAAACUCUUGGAGAAAACUGUUGAUGCUCCUUGUUAUGAAACAUACACAAGUUUUGAAGAUUAUGUCAUUUUUGUAGCUAUAACUAUUGGCGUAGGUGCAUGAUUGAAGUCAGUGUUAUAUGGAGGCAAGGGGUGGAGCACUGAGCAUGUAAACACUCUUAGUCCUGUAGGCAUCUCUCCGGACUGUGCAGCAGUUUGAGGUGGGAGGACCAACCUUUGCUGCGGCCAGCAGCCACCAUGGCCUGCUGCAGCCAGCGCGGCCCCAUUCGUGUUCAGCAGCACUGGAGGUUCCCAGCAUCCUCGUUUCCUCUAAGGGGUAAUCGAAUGUGGCUGUGGGGGUGUAUGCUCUGAUAUCUUUUUCUGAGAAGCAAUUAAGGAUGAUUUUUUUUUUUUUUUAGCUAGCUCUAAUUGACGUCAAAGGACAACUGUUUUAAUGGAAUGUCGGGAAACAUGAGAGUUUUUUUCAUUAAAAGCCCUGAUUCUAAAGAUACAAAUGUACCUGUGCCUAACCUAACUCGUAAUAAUGACUAAACCAAUUUCUGUGGUAUGCAACAUGAGAUGUAUUAAUUGGUAUUUCUUUAAAGCACCGUGCUACAAUGCAUUUAAGAUUUUCCCUGAACAGAGACUUGUCAAAUUUGCAGUCCAGAACUGAAAAUUGGAGCUGGGGGAAAGAAAAUGGGAACAAUGAUGCUAUGAUUUUUUUGUUUGUUUGUUUUUAUGGUAGAGCCUGUCAGCCAGCUCAGCAUGGGACCCUGUUGUAUUCCACGUAGCAGAAGAGCCAGCUCUGAAAAGACUCAUUAUAUACAAUUUAUAUAUUUUUUAAUUCUUGCAAUUGCUCAAGUGUACAUUGUCUGACAGGUUAAAGUGGUCCCACUAAGAGUAAUGCAUGCUAAUGCUAUACAAAACGAUCUAAAUUCAGGAGGUGAUGUCAUUUAUCCUCUGUACGUGAAGGUUUGUAGACACUUGAGAAAUGACAAAGAGUUGAUCUUGUGUUUUUCAGUCAAGAUCUUGCUACUUUGAAGUAGUUUGUUGGGCCCUUGCUUGCUGAAUUCAUCUGCAUAAAUUUUAAAUUAAACUUACUAAAAAUACAUGCUUUUCUCAUGGAUGUCAAAGUUUAUGGUAAACAUAUAUUUCCGAAGCUUUAUGUCGUACUACUGACUCAGUAUAUUUAAUUAAUAAUGUAAUGUAAACCUCUUCUAGAAAGCAGCGAAGACUGUUGGCAGUAUAAAAAUGUUUGUUAAUGCUCUUCCUAAAAUAUUAUUCAAGUCUGGCAUUUCUUUCCUUUUGGAGCAAGUUCUAAUUACUCUUUUACAAGAUUCAUGGCAUACACACAGUGAGAAAUUGUAAUUCCCACAUGUAAAGAUUAGUUCUUUCGUAUGAAUAACAGGCUUGUUCUAUGGUUCUUAAGUAAAAUUCACACUAAUUUCCAUUAAUGGGAA